AUCCCCGUAUCGUGGACAAGUGGAUUCAGGGCCUUGAGUUGAUCUUCGAGGUCAUGGAUUGUCCAGACAGAUAUCGUGUUAUCUGCGCUCAGCUUCAGUUAACCGGCGAUGCCCGACUCUGGUGGAAUGCCUACUGGAGCAUGCGUCCCGACGAGAAAGAGGGAUGUACAUGGGAUAGGCUCAAGGAGCUGAUCCGCGAGAAGUACUACCCCACCUAUUACAGAGCAGAGAUGGAGAGGCAGUUCCUGUCGCUCAAACAGGGUACUCGUUCUGUUGACGAGUACGAGAGAGAAUUUACCAGACUUGCAGCUUUCGUUCCUAACUUGGUUCGUACGGAGGCACAGAGGGCACAACGCUUCAUUGACGGGCUUUACUGUAACGCCCCACUUUUAUUUGACAAAAAGUCAAGGACUUUUCAGAAA